AUGGCCCAAAACAAGAUUCUCUAUUGUGCAAAGCUCGGCAAGAACAUGCACAGAUCAGCCCACUUCAAAUUGAACAAGCAAACUUUUAAGUCAAACAUAAUGCUUAAGUUUGUGACGAAGGCGAUGGAUAUCAAGCUUCGAGGUGAAGCCAAUUUCACAACUACUCUUGAAGAUCCAAUUGAACUCUUGAAAUGUAUUGAACAAUUCAUGAAGAAGAGUGCCAAUGCUGAGUAUGACUUAUUCACAACUACUCUUGAAGAUCCAAUUGAACUCUUGAAAUGUAUUGAACAAUUCAUGAAGAAGAGUGCCAAUGCUGAGUGUGACUUCUCGGAUUUUUUGGGAAGCGAAUCAAAAGUUCUUUGCCAUGAAGCAAGGAACAAACAAAAACUUGAUGCAUUUCAAGGAACAAUUCUUGAGACAGGCUGA